AUGCCACCCUACCCCCUAAUCACCGGUGGCUGCUCGGCCGGACGCGGGUCGAGGUACAACUUCAAUUCUGCUUCCGCCGCCGCAAGCAUCUUGAGCGAUCCGCAGUACCUGGGCUAUCCACUGCAUGUGGAGCCUCAGUGGAGCAAAGACUUCACCCCGGCAGCAGUCUUUGUGGGCGCCAUGCUGGGCAUGUUGGGCAUGGGUCGCCUGGGCGACACUUUGGGGAGGACGCGGGCCAUGCAGGUCACCCUCUCCUUCACGGUCUUGGGUGCUGUGAUCCCCGCCUUGGCCUUCGGCUCCUCGGGCUCGAUUUAUGGCACUGUGCUGCUGGGCCGUCUACUGCUGGGUGUCGGCGUGGGUGGCAUCUACCCGCUCAGCGCGGUCAGCUCCGCUGAAGGUUGCGAGGACGCGUCGGAGAAAGGCAAGCAUGUGGCACAAGCGUUCUUCUUCCAAAGCGUCGGUGUGCUGGCACCUUACCUCGUGGCCAUGCUCCUGUUGACGGUCAUUUCCUCGCCCAGCCCGGCUCCUUGGGUCCCUGAGUUGCAGUUCCGGCUGCUCUUCGCUUUGGGUGCAGCACCCGCUCUGCUGGUCCUGGUUGCCUCCUUUUCGGCGCACGACUCGGAGGAAUUUGCGGCGGAGCAGCACCGCGGCCGGUCGCGGCGUGGGUUCGAUCAUCAGGUAGUGAAGACCUUGAUUGGCACGGCAGGCUGUUGGUUUUUAUAUGACUUGGCCUUCUACGGCACCACCAUCUUCACCCCCACGAUCUUGGAGCGCUUGUGCAUCACGGGCGACCGCUUGCCAAGUGGCCACUGCGAGCAGACGCUUCUCCAGACGUCGCGGCAAUCCGCGCUGAUCUCCGCCAUGGGCAUCCCAGGCUCGCUGCUGGCGGUGCUGGUGGCUGAUCGUCUCGGCUGCAAGCGCCUGAACAGCUAUGGUUUCAUCCUCCUCAGCGUUUCCUUCGCCCUCCUGGCCUUGGCCUGGCACCUGGCGCCCGACGCACACGCCUGGCACUUCGUUCUUUUCUGCCUGGUGACGCUCUUGCUGAACUGGGGACCCAAUCUGGGCACCUACGUCUUGCCAGCCUUGAAGGUGGGCGCAGUGGUUGGCACUCUGAUCUUUGAUCCCAUCAGCGAGAGUUCCAUGGGUAUCCCUGGCGUCUUGUGGAUCCAAUGUGUCACCUGCGUGCUGGGCGCCGUGGCGCUUCGGUUGAGAACGGCGGUCAGACGGCGAAGACGGCGUGGGAUGGAAGUGCCAGGGUGGAAGAUGAGCCCCUGUUCCUUCUCUACCAAUGUGCGGCUCAAACGAUCUGAAACUGGAUGUUUCAUGUUUAGACUUUCCUUUUGCAGACGCACCUAG